GUACUAUCCACGAACAUCUGAAGCUGCAACAUCAGAUCUUUUUUUUCAUCAACGUAGACAUUUAACUAUAUUUGCUCCAUUUUAGGUAAUUGUAAAAAGAGAUGAUAAGAUAAAGCUGUACUGCAAAGGAGCAGAUACUAUUAUAUUUGAGCGACUUCAUGCCAGUUCUCAAGAAUUAAUGAACACGACUAAUGAACAUUUAAACACGUUUGCAAAAGAUGGUUUGCGAACGCUCGUGUUAGCUGAGAAAGAUAUCUCUCCGGAGAAUUUGAAAAAGGGGAUGGUUCGUUAUCACGAAGCAAGUACUGCCACGGAGGAUCGAGACGAGAAGAUUAAUGAGGCCUAUGAAGAAAUAGAAAAGGAUCUGAAUUUGUUGGGAGCAACGGCAAUUGAAGAUAAGUUACAAGAUGGUGUACCAAAUACAAUUGCCCACCUAGCUGAGGCUGAUAUCAAGAUUUGGGUUUUGACUGGCGACAAGCAAGAAACUGCCAUCAACAUUGGUUACUCCUGUCGACUUCUGACAAAUGAAAUGGAGGAAGUAUUUACGAUAAACGACGAAGAGGAAGAAAAAGUUCGAGCUUCGAUAAAAGAAGCAAUGAAUAGAAUUAAGUCAUCACCAAUGAUCAGUAACUCUGUCGAGAACAGUUUUGGUGCUGACAGUUUGACCGUUAAUAUUUUGCCCAACACGCCCAACACCAGUCGUAUUGAAGACACGAGAACGCAGGCCGUAACAGAAAAUGGCCAGGAAAAGACCGUAUCUAAACGAAGUGAAUUUGCUUUGGUAAUCACUGGAAAAAGCUUAGUAUUUGCUCUUGAUAAUUCCAUGGAAAUGGACUUUCUCGAGUUAGCUAAACAUUGUAAAGCUGUGAUAUGUUGUCGAGUCACUCCACUACAAAAGGCCCUGGUUGUGGAGUUAGUCAAGCGCCAUGUGAAAGCAGUCACUCUAGCAAUAGGUGAUGGUGCAAACGAUGUUAGCAUGAUUAAAUCGGCUCAUAUAGGUGUUGGUAUAAGCGGACAAGAAGGAAUGCAAGCUGUUUUGGCAAGUGACUACUCUUUUGCGCAAUUUCGGUUUCUGGAACGUUUGUUGUUGGUUCAUGGUCGUUGGUCCUACUUGAGAAUGGCGAAAUUUUUAAGCUACUUUUUUUACAAGAAUUUUGCGUUCACUUUAUGUCAGCUUUGGUUCGCUUUCUUUGUUGGUUUCUCUGCGCAGACGUUGUAUGAUGCUUGGUUCAUAUCUUUUUAUAAUGUCUUUUUCACUUCAUUGCCUGUCGUUGUUAUGGGCAUUUUUGAUCAAGAUCUUCCUGAUAAUAUUUCUUUGAAAUUCCCUAAAUUAUAUGUUCCUGGCCAAAAGAAUAUUCUAUUCAAUUGGAGAGUAUUUGUUUUCAGUCUUCUUCACGGCGUCCUUGUUUCCCUUAUCCUAUUUUUCGUUCCUUAUGGCAUUUAUCAUGAUUACAUAAACAGUAGCGGUUACGUGGAGUCGGGCCUUCAAUUCUUCGGGACAGUAGUUGCAGCAACACUUGUUAUUACAAUGAACUUACAGCUUGCAUUAAACUUACAUUCUUGGACAAUUCUCAAUCACAUUUCCGUUUGGGGAAGUAUCAUCUUCUAUUUUAUCUUUUAUCUUAUCUAUUAUUCAUCAUUUGUCCUCAAACUGACACCACAAAAUUCAUAUCAUGGUGUACAAUAUGCUACAUACGGGGGAGGCUCCUUUUGGCUCUGUGCAUUAAUAACUCCUGCAGUAGGUAUAUUGCCUGUCUUUGUUUAUCGCACUAUGAGUCUGGAACUUAUGCCGACUAUUUCUGAUCGCGUUCGUCUGUUAUGGAAGAGUGGCCAGUUAGAAGAACCUGCAAAAUUACUGAGAAUCAGACCGAGAUCUAGUACGAGAAUGUCUCUGAGAAGAGGUGGAUAUGCUUUUGCACAGGAAGAGAAACUGAGUAGAAGAAUACAUGCAAAUCAUUCAAAACGAUCAACAUUUCGGGAAAGUGUUAAAGGCAAUAAGUAAUAGUUUCUUAUAUAUAUACUUUAGUAUUGUAUUUAUUCAACUAUGUAGGUGAAUGAAUUGACGCAGUUUACAUUAUGCGUGACAUUAGUAGCUAUAGAGAUCUAGACCAUGUAGUAAUUAAUAAAAAUUCAUAAUCGUA